AAGAUUUUGUAUUUUGCUAAAUGUUAACCUUGCUGCAAUUGAAAUAUGCUACAACUAAAGAGCCUGUGACUACUUUUCCUCACAUGUUGUCUGGUGGAACAAUCUCGAAGACUUCCUUGUCCAAAACAAUAUCAUAAUUUCUCCACAUACAGAUACUUUCCGACUACGAAUGCUUCAAUGCAGCUGAGAGAACUUCUUUUCCAACAGGACAUAAGGGUGUAUUUGUCCGGGGUGCAUCGACGAGACUGGCGCAUUGACCUAGGGACAGAAGUCGGGACUGGCUCAUUGUCUGGCUGGUGAUGUUAAGCGGCCGCUAGCUCGUAUCAAUACAAUUGGCUAACCAAGCGAGUACGCCACACGUCCGUCUCCUUUCCAUUCCAUUGAUGAGGCUGGCUGCUGGCCCGUUCGGCAUCUUUUCGACCCCGCCAUCAUCAAAAAAUAUCGAGCUCCGCGACCAUCUCUAACAACUACGACAAUACACAGCUCGGUAUCAGAACAUCACACAACUGCCCACCGUCUCUCACGCCCUCGAGAAUGAUCAAGAAACAUUUAUCGCAAUGUCUGACAAUCCUGGUCCGGUGAUUGGGCGGAUGCUGGGUGACCUGCGCAAGGCUGGGCAUGAAGGUGAGUUCGAUGAUUUUUUGGUCGCUCGCUUUUGCUGCUUGAGGGUGGAGAGGGGAGCGGGCGCGACAAUGCGAUUGGAUAUUGCUUGAUUCCGAUGGAGAUCCAUCGGAUCUGGGGGGAGAAGGGCAUGUAGAACGUUGCUUGCAGUGCUGUGCUGGCUCAGCGGUCGUCCGCCAUGCCCACUUUGCUGGUGGGGUCGGAGUCAUCUCACGUGACGGCUCGCUGCAGCUUUUGCUCGAAUGAGCGACGGGAUGCUCUGGAGGGGAGGGGCGGAUAGUCAUCUCUAAUAGUACCGUUGUUCUGUUCUGAUUAAGAUCUUGUCUUCUUCAAGAGUUGCUGGAGGCUGGUUGGGCUGGACGUAUUGGGCUAGAAUGGAUCAGCAAUGAAGCUAACAGUCAUCACUAGGCAUAUCCAUCAAUGAACUUUCGAGUCUACUCGACAAGUCUUUCAUUCCUGAUCCAGAUGCAAAGAAUGCUACCUGGAAGACUCUCACGGCUAGAGCCGAUGUCCAAUUCGUGGACGAGACCAAGUCGCCAUAUCGAAAUCUGACCCUGACGGACGUCUUGCUUGUGGGCCAAGGAGACGUCCGAAUUCGACUGGUGAUGCAAGAUGGCUUCCAUGCUGCUGCCUCGUCGAAUGCCUUGGUCACAACUAUUGAUUCUGAUCCACAAGUUUCGCAGAGAGAUCAGUCAUCUCAACCACCUCCAAAAAGAAGAGGCCGUCCUCCAAAGGUAAAGAAAGAUGUGUCUGCGUCGACUUCUUUGAUCGCGCAGAAUUAUCCAACUACUCCGAAACCCGCCGUUGCUACUUCAUCUCGUUCGACUCGACGUCAGUCACAAGCUGGUGCUGUCUCCACUCCUCUGCCUCCACAAGGCCAGCCAUCUUCUGCGACUUCUCCUGCUACAUCCGCAUCCCGUCCCACUCGUCGUCGACCCCAGGCUGCUUCCAGCCCUUUGGCCCCUCAAGAAUCACCCUCUUCCGAGAAUAGACCGCCGUCCAAACCUCGCAAAACUCGACGUCAAUCAGCUAUUAUUCCUCAAGACCAGACUGCAGACCAACCUCGCACGACCCCUUCCUAUCUCCCGCUGCCUCAAGAUCAGCCCUUCGCACCACAGACACAUCGCAUAUCCACACCAAUUGCGAGCGAAGAUACAUCUACAUUCAAUUCUCGCGAACAAGGAUCGCGGACAAUCGACACAGCCUCAGCGGAUCCAGACACGAUAGUCGUCGAGCCCAGUCAAGGAUACCACCCAAAAGAAGGCACACUUGUGCAGGACCAGGAGAGUGCGCCUGACUCGGUUGCUUUGAUAGCUCCCGACGGUUUGCAUACGGAAUCUCCUGCACAAACAUCACCUGCCUCGGCACCACCUCCCGUUCUUCUCAAUGACAAUGACUCCGAUGACUUGGCAAACGCGAUUUUACUCAAAGCUCCUGUCACAAACAGCCCGGCUCCCUUCUUCCCUCCUGAAACCUUUGCAGCAGAUGAUCAACCAGGACGAAGAGAUACCCCCCUUCUGGAGCCAACCUCAGUCCCUUUAGAAGGCGAGGUUCUUGCCGACGAGGCCGAUCCAGUCGAGUCAACUUAUCCAGCAGCUCGUCGUUCUAGCAGUAGAUUCAGUGCUGGCGAACUCCUACCGGAAGCAACUUUCAUCUCACAGGCUGACAUGGACUGGGCAGAUGGCAAGGAUGGAGUCUACAUCAACCCUCCCGGCGUCAAGGUCAAGAAGCCUCAGCAUUUCAAGAAGAAGAAACACUCUACUCUCGUGGUGUUCAGAUCACCGGAGCUGAAGGACCCAAAUCGACUGGUAAACGGAAGGGAUACUUGGCAAGCACGGAUCAUGCCGGUAGUGACUCAAGCACGACUCACAUCAGCCGAUGACGCUGUAGAGCAAGGUUUGAUCCCCAAGCUGAACAAGAAUCGUAAGGCGGAAUCUGAGGGUGUGGACCUGACACCAAGAAAGAAGGUGGUUAAGAAGCGGACACUUACAGAAGGCGAGGUCGACCCAUCUCUGACUCAAGAAUGGGGAGAGGCGUAUCCUGAAGAUGAUUCGGAAAGCGAGUACUCGGGCAUCUCAAUACUGGAAGCCGAAGUUCCUCCUGUUCCCGAAAACCCCAACAGCUGGUCAACCGCCUGGACUUUGGAAGGUGCAGAAGUAGCAAAGCUCAACGCUGAUCAAGUGCGAUACGAUUACCAUGGUCGUGCAAGUUCCUUCACGCCAUCAGAUUCACGAACACCAUAUGGGUCUCCCUCUCCUGCAGACUUCGACGAUUCAGCAAUGUCUCCUGUAGCUGGUAGCAAUGCAAUUCCACAAAACGAUGGUCUCUCAUCAGCUUCACCAGAUCCUAAACUUUCUUCUCAUCCUAACACUGCCGACCCUUCAUCUACACAUACCGCACGAUCGUUAGUUACCCCGAGAAAAAAGAGCACUCUUAACCUUCUAGCUUUGAGUCAAUCUCCGGCCAGAACCUAUCGGAGUCCCUAUGCUCUUCCUGAGUCCGUCUUGAGCUCUUCUGGACUUGCAGAUAACGUCGAAUCGAGACCAUCUGGCGGUGGAUCUUCUCAGCCUCCAGCAUCCCCGUUCAGUACAUUCGGCAAAUCUGCUACUCCUAUAACUCAAAACCAGUUGCCCCCGGCCACAGAACUACGGGGCUCGUCAGUCGAAGUCCUAGAAAAGUUUCCUGCCCUCAAACUUCUCCAACCAACCAAGGCGAUUUCUUCUUACAGAUCCCCUUACGCACCAUCGCAAACUCCAGAGGCAAUUUCUGAGAAUAGACUGGUUCCGAGUCAGCCACGUGGCAUUGAUCAAUCUGUUCCUCAGCAAGAUCACAUCCGUGGAUCUUCAUUUUCUCAACCUGCUUUAGCAAGUCUUGAAAGCAUCCAGAUGAGGGGUACCAAGGCACAAGAGAUUUGUAAACCCACCGGACCAAACACAAAUACGGCAGAGGCUACCUCAGCCAAAGCCAGUCCAGAUGAGGUUUACAAGCCUGAUGACGUUUCUGACUUCCUCGACUUCAUGAAUCUAGAUCUCUCCACACCAAGCGGUAACAGCCGAGGUACAGCCAGAAGAGGAAAAUCAAGUACUCGUGCCCGUGGCAGAGGAAGCCGUGGAGGCGUACGUGGUGGUCGAGGUGGAGUGCGUGGGAAGAGCAAAGGCGCCAUCAUCCUUCAUGACGAGCCUGCCACCUCGUCGAGCAACCUACCUGACAAUGCAGCACAAAGUACUUCAGUGGAAUUUGAUGGCACGCCAGAUAUUGGUCUGGCACCAACGACGGCUGACAAUAGCAUACUACCUCCCGAUACGCCUAUUGGAAUAGGUUCGCCGCAAGUUGCUGGCAACAUAACAAGCACACUCACAGGCCUUGGUUCAGCUGUGUUCGAUGGAUCGUCCCCAAUGCGACCCCAAGAUUCUUUUCCUCAGGAUGCCCUUCUGGGUCGGCCAACGAUGGACUAUGAAAAUCCCAGUCCUAUUCAGCCGGGUAUCAUCCCAACUGCAGAGUUUGAGCACGUGAACGGGCUAGCUUGCAUUGACCUCGAACAACAGCGGCGUGGAACACCAUCCCAAUCUGUGUCUCGUGAUGCUGGCGGGGAUAUUGAGACCCUGGAAACUCCGGAGAUGACCCCAUCGCAGCCAAAAGCUCGCGGGAAUCGAAACGCAAAAUCUAAAGCCAAGGCUCCGAAAUCCAAAACCAUUCCUCCACUGGCGACACCCAGAGUUCGGCUUGAUCCGGAGGAAAAGUUGAGAACCAAGAUUGCUGAAGCCCAGGAUGUGGAGAUUCCCGAUGGAGCAUCAAAAUUCCCGUGUAUAUACAAGGAGGCUGUGGGCAACCUGGUUCUGUCAGCCGAUCAAAGAUACUUGGAAUUCUUUGCCCUGAAUCAAGUCCCGCCCGAGCUGCCGAUGGCCAGCAUGAAGGUCUUUCACAUGAAUGGAAAUCCAAUUAUGUCCGCAAAGGGGUCAUUCCCGAUGGAGUUGCACGUCAAGACAAAGGAUGAGAGGAAUAGGAAAAAAGCUUAUCGCUUCACUUAUGCCUCAUCGGAGACUGAUGUUGCACAGAAUAUGCGCACAAAUAUUGUCACAGCAAUGAUCGCAUCGGAAUUUAGUGCUGGGGAUUUUGCCAGUGUGGCUGAAGCCCAAGCAGCAAAAGUCAGACCUUUCCUCUGUGAGCUAUGCGGAGACAGAUUCAAGAAUCCAAAUGGCUUGGAAUACCAUCUCAACAAGGCGAAGACGAAGUGCAAUCCGAAUUGGGACCCAGAAGCCGACACGGGAAAGAGAGUGUACAAAAGAAAGUCCAAGGGAGAUCGAGCAGUCUCUAUAGACGAUGCUCCACGGACUCCUUGGAAGAAGAAGUCCAAAGUAGCUAAGUCGGCGAGACAAGGUACUGUAGAGGUAGAUGAUCUGGAAGGAUCGAGUACCAGCGAGGACGAAUCACUUUUGAUUCCAAGACCAGUGAGAAAGGUCACCGUUGAGAGAGUCUUCGACUCCGAUGGUGAAGAAGCACCUCGUUCAGCACGCACUACUAGGAAACCCAAGCCCGUUAAGGACGGAUAUCAAAAUGCAGACGGUGAUUCUGAUGACUCCAUUCUAGAUUGGGCUCGCAACAACGCAACAUCGGGAUAUGCUAGGACACGUCGAUCUGCCAGUUUUUCCGAAACACCCCGUCCUCCACGAUCAGCAAAGAAACCAAAUAAGCCAAAACCAGUCGAUGACGACGUUGACGAAGACAGUGAUGCAUCUCUGGUAGAAUGGUUCGAGAAGCAUGGAAAGAUUGAUUCAAAAGCUCCAGCACCUAGCAAGGCCGGAAGGAUAUACAAAGCUUUGAAUCGCGAGGCCGAGGUGGCUGAUCAAAUCGUCAAAGAGUUCACUGAUCGUAUUCAUCGCGGUAACGAAGAGAUCUUUGGCCUCGCAAUCACGCCAACCUCUCAGCUGGCAACAGCCUACGAGAUUUCCACUACCAUGGCUUCCAAGGCCUUGGACAGCAAAUGGUAUGAGGAAGUUGUGACACAAUUGGUACAAAGAAACGAAGGCAUGUUUCCGGCUGAGAAUAGUAUAUGGCUCGCCAGUGCGGCAAUUUGGUUAAAACAACACCCCUUUACCACGGUUUUACCAGAGUCCAAGCUCUGUGCCAAGGCUGUCGAUGACCUUGUUGCAUCGAAGACCUUCACCAGAGUCGAGUUUGAGUUCAAGGACCGCAAUCGAAACCCUAGAGCUAUCACUCGCAGCAUCUUGACCACGAACGGACUUGACAUGGUAACUGAUCGAGCCGAUUUGAUAAAGGAGCUGGUUCAAGAAACACAUCCAAAGGCAUAUGUUCCCUCGCAGCUGGCACCGCCACCGUCUGCUCUGGACAAACUGCAAGCCGUUGUUGCCCGGUUGCUUCCGAGUUUGACUGUUCUGGCCGAUUCAGAUGAUGAAGAGCGAGAGGAGUCUCCAAUUCCCGACUUCGGCGACGACUCGGAUGAAGAUGACUUCAUGGACGAAGCAGAAGGCGAGAUUGAAAGCCAGGAAAGUGAAAACGACAUGGAUCUGGAUGAAGAAGACGACCCAGUGACUGCACUUUCUGAAGCCAAGAAAUCGAAGAAGCGAGAUCGUACAUCGACUGGCACUGGUCCCAAACGACGACGAGACGCAGGACACAAUGCCAAAAUUUCAGAAGGUGUGCGAAGACGAUUUGCCGAAAUCAGGGCUGGUGGCGAGAACCCAUACCCAUGGAACAUCAAGACAAAGACGAAUUAUGUUUCGCCCGCCGAGCGAUUGAAGAUCAACCAGGACAAGAAGCGGCGCGAUCAAGAACUGGCUGCUGCUAAGCGAUCAUGUUGGGGUACAGCUCCGGCAUAUAUGCCAAAUGCCGAGACUGGUGCUUGGGAUCAAGCUCCCACUCCGCAAGGUGACUGGAUGAUAGAUGAUGAUAAGGAGAGCAAGUCUAGAUACGCCAGACGCCAGCGUCUUCCCGAGCCGAUAACCUUCUUGCAAGCCCCUGACGGAUCAUGGUCAGUCAGACCUUUUGGUCAUGGAGUCAAUCCCAUCUAUUCUCGACCAUCGCGCAGAGCCGAAGGAAACCCGACUUCCCAUUUGUACCUCAAUCGUAUUGAGAAUAGCCAUCGUCCAAUCGUCUACCCUCCAGUCAAGAAUAGAGUCAACCUUCCAGCAGUCCCAUCAAAGCGUCUCCUCGAGGCCAUGGAGUCAGGCAGCCCCAUCGACGAAAAGACUGGCUUGCCGAUUGUAUCUCGGUAUGCUACGAGAAAGAGAAGAGCUUCUUCUGCCAUGUCGCCUGAGAAUGAUGAUGAGCCUACCCCGAAAAGAAACCGACGGGCUGCGUCGGUGCGUUUUGCUGGUAUUGACUCAGAUGGAGAUUUCUCUAGCGCAAAGAUAUCUCGGGCUACUGGGAAGCCUCCUCGACGGUACUCGAGAAACUUUCCCAAGCAGGUUUUCGUACCGGAUCUUAAUCAUCCGAGAAUAUCUGGAGCGACGCCUACGAGAAAAUCUGUCAGAAAGCCAAAGUUCACUGAGGUCGAGAUCUUGAAUUUCUAUGAGCCAAAGAAAUUGACUGCUGGUGCCCCAAGAAACCCAGGCUUAGAUACUAUACCUGCACCGUAUGGACUUGAUUCGCCUAAUGGAGAUGCGGACUUGAACUACACGCAGGUCUACAAUGGCGUGAUCUUCAUCGCCGCUGGUUUUAUUGAUGAGAACCAAGAACCCGGCAAUAGCUCUUGGACAAUCAAGCACUUGGAUACUUACCAGCCAGCAGAUUACAGCCUUAGAUGGGAUGAUGCCACUGCAUUUACAGUCGAGAAUCUUCCGUAUUCAGACCUCCAAGAGGAUUGUUCUUGGAUCCCGGGUUUCGGCGUUCCAGGAUAUGGCGAUGCUGAUUACAAUGUUGAAAGUGCCGUUGAUCUGGUAUCCGAUGGAGAAGAGGUAGUAGUAGUAGAAGAGCCAAAGCGCAAGCGUCAACGAAAGGAUUCUAAAUCAGUCAAGCAGGGUAAGCAAGCAAAGGAAGAUAGAGACGGCAAGUACAGCUACGUCCGACAACAUACGGCUCUUGCCAUGGACUUUAUCGAUCUUUUCGAAGAUCCCGUCGCAGCUGGAAAGUACUUUGGCGUUGAGAUUGGCACACCCAGCGAAUCGACUCUGAAGCGAUCAAGAAAUCUGGGCAGCAAUAUCAUGUUACCCGACAUGGAGAGUCGCUUUGCAGUCUCGGUCAUGGUUAUUCGCAUUCUGACAGGAGGUCUUGAUCUACAGAUCGACUGGAUUCUCGUCUCACAAAUUUUCCCAGAAUACUCUUUGAACUUCCUCAAGAAGGUCUGGAAUGGAAUCCUCUUGCGAAAAAAGGAAGCCAUUCCCAGACUUGAAGAUCAGUUCCGAGAAAGAUUCCUCAUUGCUUACCAGGAAAAUGAGAUCCCACGCAUCGAUUACGGGCACUUGACUGAAUAUCCCUGGGCCGAUCUCGUGGAUUGGGUGAUGAAGAGUACGGACUGUUCGCUUAACAACAAGACCAUCUUCCUUCCACCAACCAGAGAAGAUGUAGUGGAGGAUUACGAUCUCCGCGAAGUCAAAGAAGAUGGCUGUCCAUGGAGAGAAAACUACUUCAGCAUUACCACCGCAGUCUACAAGCGCAUUAUGGCUUCAGCCGCAGUCCCACAUUCCAUCUCUCUCCAGCCACGCAAGCGCCGUCGCAGCUUCGACGAAGAAAUCGACGACUUUGCAGUCUGCAGAUCCUGGGUUCGCGCCGCUGCCAUCACGCCGAACGAAGACUGGGACCGCGACCUCGCCAAAAACAAGCUCGCCUCCUUCAAUAAGUCCCUCUUGUCCGACGUCCUCGACAGUCUCACGUCGCAGAAAAUCGUCAAGAAGCGCGCCGCUAACAAAGCCAAGAACGGUCGCGUCUACGAGAUCCACGACACGUGGUCGACGUCUCUCCGCCGCCACAUGAAAGAGAACCAGUUCGUCGAAGCAGUGACCUUCAAGCGCUGGAUGGACGCCCAAUUCGCGUCGGGCGUGCAGUCUGUCAAAGCGGAUUACUUCGCCAAUGAGGGAACAAUCAUGUGUAUCACCUCUCUACAAGCUCACGGCCGUAUCCGCUUUGUAGGCGCCAACAUCCCUAUGAACAAAUUCGGGCUCGGAGACGGCGGAUAUGAAACCAAGAAGAUCCCAAAGGAGAGAUUGCGCUUCAAUAUCGACAUCUUCCCCACCUCUUCCUACAUUCCCGAUGAGGCCAACCCCGUCCUCUCAAACAUUCUGUUCCGAGACCCUCCGCGCGGUGGCGAGAAUGGCGAGAUCCCGAUUUGGUAUGGACUGACGGGGAAGCCAAUCUGGCGAGUCUGGUACAAGAUUCUUGCUGCGGUGGGACAGGUUGUUGCGCUGAGAGCAGGGGUUAAUCUGCAGGGUCUGAAGGAGAGCUUUAGGGUUGCGUUGGAGGACUGGGAGUGGAGGCUUUUCAUGGAGUGGGGUGCUGAAGUGGGCGUUUUUGAUAGGUUGGGGAGUAGAGAGGAUGGAAGUGAGGGGUGGAGUGUGGGGGAGUGGUGGUGGGCUGUUGUGGGGACUGGGUGGAUGGAUGGUGAGGGUUUCGGGGGAGGUUUGGGAGGGGAUAGUGGUGCGGUGCUCUGAUUUGGAAGAUAUGAUCUUCCGGAAGGGUGUAGGAUAUGGUCGAUUGUGUUGCUUCAAUUUUCUUUUGUUCUUUUUCUCCCUCAGUAAUGGCGUUUAUGGCUGUAUAUCUCAGAUGGCUGGACACACGAAGUCUUUCGACUUAACAUCCCUGACACUGGCGUUUUAGGAACCAGGCAUUUUCACGGCGCUUGUCACAACUACCAAGAUAUUGGCGUGGAAAUUUUAAAAUGGCCACGGAUGUAUACCAGCUCUUGUAAACUGCAGUACAAUAUCAUAGAUUUUCGGAUAGAAAGAUUUGAAUCUAUAAAUGUGUAAGAAAGAAAGAAAGAAAGUGGAGAUAAGGGUCAUAGGGGUGGAUAUAUUUAUAGCCAAAGGUUGUAAUAUCAAACAUGCGUGCAACC